GAUUUUACGUGAUGACGUUGUGGAGGCUCAGCUAUGAUGGCAGCCGUAGGUUGACAUCAAAACGAUACAGAAUAUUAAGUAUCUCAAAGUUAGCGGAAAAGCCCCGACACAAUAACACAGAACACAUUAACAUUUUUCAGAUAGCACACGCUUUAACACACACCUGCCCGGUUAGGGGAACGUGGCACUAUGCCCGCAGCCACUGUGGAUCACAGCCAAAGAAUAUGUGAGGUUUGGUCCAACAACCUGGAGGAGGAGCUGAAGAGGAUCCGACAGGUCAUCCGGAAAUACAACUAUAUCGCAAUGGACACGGAGUUUCCGGGCGUUGUCGCCAGACCGAUUGGGGAGUUCAGGAGCAACGCUGACUACCAGUACCAGUUGCUGCGCUGCAACGUGGAUCUGCUGAAGAUAAUACAGCUGGGUCUCACGUUCAUGAACGAGCAGGGAGAAUAUCCUCCAGGAACGUCAACGUGGCAGUUCAACUUUAAGUUCAACCUCACAGAAGAUAUGUAUGCACAGGACUCCAUUGAGCUUCUGACCACUUCAGGGAUUCAGUUCAAGAAGCACGAGGAGGAAGGCAUCGAGACGCUGUACUUCGCAGAGCUGCUGAUGACGUCCGGAGUGGUGCUGUGCGACGGCGUCAAGUGGCUGUCUUUUCACAGUGGCUAUGACUUUGGAUACCUGAUCAAGAUCCUGUCUAACGCCAACCUGCCUGAGGAGGAGGUGGACUUCUUCGAGAUUCUCCGCUUGUACUUCCCGGUCAUUUAUGAUGUCAAGUACCUCAUGAAGAGCUGCAAGAACCUGAAGGGCGGGCUGCAGGAAGUAGCUGAGCAGCUGGAGCUGGAGAGAAUCGGACCGCAGCACCAGGCCGGCUCGGACUCUCUACUCACCGGCAUGGCGUUCUUCAAAAUGAGAGAGAUGUUCUUCGAGGAUCACAUCGAUGAUGCGAAGUACUGCGGCCACCUGUACGGUCUGGGCUCGGGCUCCGCCUACGUGCAGAACGGAACGGGAAACGCCUACGAAGAGGAGGCCAACAAGCAGCAGUCGUGACAUCGCCGGAGUCUCCCACCGUCCCAAAGUCCGGCCCGGCUCCGAGGCGGCGAGCCGGUUCCACCACGAUAACGGAGGAACAAAAACACCGACGUACAUUCGCGUUAUUUAGCUGUCUUUUUUUUUGUUUGUUUUGUCGUCUUCUUCUUCCCCAUCGGCCGCGCCCGUCUCAGACGAGCGGAAAAGAAGCCUCGUCCGCACCGCGAGCCGCAUGCGCGCGAGUUUAGCCUUUUAUCCCUUGCGAGGCGGCGCCAAGAUGACGCUCGGCUCGGUUCGGUUCGGUUUGAACAUGCCUGAAAAGAUGGGAUUUUAGUUUUCCCUCAAGUGUUCUGCAGACAUGUUUUUUGCACUUUACAAAAGAAAAAAAAAGCAAGAAAAAAA